CUCUGAUGAAUCAUUAAUUACCUUCAAUGAAUAACAAGGGGGGAAAUCAACCCUGAAACCUAAAGUGCAUAUCAAUCUCUAAAAUGAAACAUUUUGUCUGUAAAGUAUUUAGGAUCCACAGAUGUUAUUGACAACUUUGACCAUUACCGUUUGAAGAUUAGUAACACUUUCUGAUAGAUUGUAUUCAUUGAACUGUAUGACAACUCUAAAUGAAUGCGCUUUGGGCUUUAAGCUCACUAACCUGCAAGUCUAAGUGCAGAACUUUAAACCUUUGACACUUUUAGGCCUUCAUGAAGCUUUGUGACUUAAGCUGUCAAAGAAACCACCCCUGCAUGUUUAGAAUGUUGGGAAUGAGCAGAAUGACCAUGAUCACCUUCCUCUACUUUUACCAUUGAAAAAAGAAAUUAUGUGGCAACAGACAAUAAACAGAGAAAGAACAAUAUAUAGGGCUAUUGAAACUGAAGUAAUAAUUCAGUUCAAAAAUAAUCUGACGCCCAUAACUACCUAAAACAACCUAAAACAGUCACCAUCUCAUAAAAAAUCUCUAACCAACUGGUCAUACAAACGUGAUACUAAGUGGCAAAACCUACAAAUCCAAAGUUCAAGUUGGCCUGUCAAAUAUCAUCUCUCCAAAGAAUCUGGUGGCAGUUGCACUCUGGGAAAUAUCUUGGAAACCAUCCAGCUAGUCAUAGUUCCCAAGAUAAAGCUACACAGAAGAGAAAUGAAGUGACAUGAAGUCCAACCUCAUUCUAAAUUCUAAUGUUUUAUGAGUGUCAGUUAAGGACAUGACUUUGGGGACUUGGUAUAUAAAAAAUGUUUUAAUGCCAUCUGAAAAAGGUAUUUAGCUCCUACUGACAUUUCUAAAUUAAUGUUGUCCAAGAUGAAUAUCCCUCCAUUUAUCUAACUGUACAGUUGAGAUGCAUUCUUCUGUGCUGCUAAUGCUGUGGAUAUUAGGAGCAUCAGUCGGGUGGGCAGACUCAGCUUCCACUACAGAGAAGCCCACAGAAAUGCCGUGUUCCAAAGGCUGCACGUGUCUCAUGGAUGACUACAGCUCAGAUCUCAGUGUCUACUGCAGCUCACGCAAUCUUACCCUUGCUCCUCCUGACGUUCCUAAGUCUACACAUUCCUUAUGGCUGGAUGGAAAUCUAUUUACGUCACUGCCAGGUGCAUCCUUCAAGGAUCUCAAUAACUUAGAUUUCUUAAACUUACAGAAUGGUCAGCUUUACACGCUGGAUGCGCAAGUAUUCAGAGGAUUACGUUCAUUGGCUCAUCUACAUCUGGAGCGCAACCACAUUCGAACAUUACCAAGUAUUGUUUUUCAAAACACACCCAAUCUUGCCUCAUUGAGUCUCCACAAUAACCAGCUGUCAAGAAUAGAAGACAAACUGUUUGCUGGUCUAUCCAAUAUGUGGCUGCUAAAUCUAGGAUGGAACUCACUUGCUGUAUUGCCCGAGAAUAUUUUUCAGGAUCUGCAAGGCCUGCGAGAGCUGGUCCUUGCAGGUAAUCGACUAGUUUACCUGCAGCCACAGUUGUUCCAUCAUCUUACAGAGCUCAAGGAGUUAGAUAUCACAGGAAAUCAUCUGAAAGUUAUCAAGGCCAAUGUUUUCCUUAAGCUUUCGAAGCUGCAGAAGCUUUACCUGGCACAGAAUCAAAUUACUACAAUUGCACCGAGAGCAUUUUUUGGAAUGAAAUCAUUACGAUGGUUAGACAUAACUAACAACCGACUGGGAGUAAUCCAUGAGGAAACCUUUUCAGGUCUUCAUAGUCUACAUGUACUUCGCCUCUCCAACAAUUCCGUCAGCAGCCUCAGGCCUGGGACAUUUCGUGACUUGCAAUACCUUGAGGAACUUCGUCUCAGCCAUAACCGAAUAGUUGUCUUAGGAGAAAGGAUCUUUGAGGGACUUGGUCACCUAGAAAUGUUGGAGCUGGAACAUAAUCAUAUCCAAACAGCACGUAUGGGUACUUUUUUGGGUCUCUCUCAUGUGGCUGUGAUCAACCUGUCUGGCAGCUGUUUUCAGAGUUUACCAGACCAAAUCUUCAAGGGGUUGUCAAAGCUACACAGUCUCCAUCUUGAUAAAGGAUGCCUGUCAAAAAUAACUUCUCAAGCAUUCAUCGGCCUCACAGGUCUGCGCCGACUUUUCCUUCAGCACAAUAACAUUUCUGUCGUGGAGCACCAGAGCUUUUUGGAGCUUCAGGGCCUACAACAGCUUGACCUAAGAUUCAACACGAUCAAAUACCUUUCCUCCCAGACGUUCUAUGGACUAAAGAAUCUUGACUACUUACUGCUGUCAAAUAACCAGCUUCGCCAGCUUCAUCCAGAGGUUCUGCUGCCUCUGCAGCGUCUCUCCUGGUUGGACCUCUCUGCAAACCAGCUUGAUCAUUUAAUGAACGGAACCAUGCAGAUGCUGUCCAAGUUGCGUUAUCUCAACUUAAACAAUAACGCACUGACCAAUCUUCCACCUGCCAUUCCUGAUAGCCUAGACCAACUCUGGCUUUCAGGAAACCUCUGGAAAUGUGACUGCCAUGCUCUCCCUCUGAGGGAUUAUUGUGUCAAGAGACCCCAUGCCUGUCCCCAGCAAGUGGAAACCCUCGCUGAGGGUGAGGAGCCCCAUGCUGUUGUCACUAAUUACAAUAACAUCACAUGCAGUAGUCCUGAUAACCUUUCUGGCCUGGAUCUGAGGAACAUAAGCAAUGAGCAUUUCAAAAACUGUUGAUUUGACCGAUAUUUCAUAUAGAAGUCAAGUAUGAAGUGGAUAUCUCUGGACAUCAAGUUUUUAAUAAGCCUUUUCUGAUGAGCUCAAUUAUAUUUACCAUUGUCAAAACAUAAUAUGAUUAUAUGAUAACAUCAUAUGUUCUCUGCAUUCUUACAAUGCAUUUUAAAUACACCAUAUCUUUCACAUUAUCUAUGGAUUGUAUAUUCUUUUAUAAUGUGUUGUUUUUGUUGACUGAUGUUAUUAAUACAUGUUAAACAAUGGAAAAUGUGUUAGUUGUUGUCCAACUGGUCAGAGCUUAACUGAUUAUGUGUCUUCUACACUGAUUUCAGGUUUUUUUCAUGGAAUCAAUGAUUGUUUCCUUGUUUAUUUUUCAAAUAUUCAGCCUUUUCACAAGACUAUGUAAAAUGAAUUGUGAUUAAAGAGUGGAUACUAAAUGCAA